CGUCAGACCUUUCACAAUCAGCCGGUAACGAUGUUAUUCCUCCAUUCAUCCCGUCCUCAGGCCGUGUUUUGUGUUCCUCGUCCCCGGCCAUGGACGCCGCCGACCCCGACACUUCCUGAGACCGACGCGCCCGCAGAGGAAAUCAAGGGAUAUCCUUCUACUUGAACCUUCGCCGGUCCAUGGAUAAUCGGUCUGCCAUCUCUGAAUUGGUUCUGCUUGGAUUCCCAGGAAUUGGGGAGAAGUUUCACGCCCCGGUCUCCAUUGCUCUGUUCCUGGUUUAUCUCACAUCGCUUUUCUCGAAUGGUGUAGUCAUAGCACUGAUCACUUGCAACCGACAUCUGUACCAACCGAUGUAUGUGGUCAUCUUGAACCUCGCCAUCUCCGACUUGCUGUUUGAUACCAUCACUCUGCCGAAGAUCGUGGCCAAGUACUGGUUUAAUGAUGGGUCAAUCUCAUAUGCUGGAUGCCUCUUCCAAGUAUUUUCUGCCCAUUUCCUUGGGAGCUUUGACUCCUACAUCCUCUUACUGAUGGCCGUUGACCGUUAUGUUGCCAUAUGCAAACCCCUGAGGUACCCAUCAAUAAUCAACAAUCGACGUACCAUCCUCGUCUGUUGCUUCUUCUGGCUCUUCACAAGUAUUAUUGGCGUAACAAUCGCUGUUCUGGACUCUGGGGAACGACUAUGUGUACAGGAAGUCAGAAGCUGCUAUUGCACCAAUUCGGGGGUCUUGUCCUUGGCCUGCAAUGACGUGACCUCCCUGAAGCGUACCAUUUUUAUCAUUGCUAUGCUUGUCCUUCUCUUGCCUCUGUUCAUCAUCCUUUUCUCCUAUGGAGUCCUAAUCCGGGUCAUCAUCACACAGAGCCAGUCCGUGAAUCGAAGGAGAGCCUAUUACACAUGUGCCACCCAGUUGAGUGUUAUUUGUCUAUAUUUUAUCCCACGGAUAUUUGUGUAUGUUGCCAACCAACUCAAGUUGAUCCUCAACGAAGACGUGAACGUCCUUAUUCUCUGCUUUUACACGUUCGUACCGCAUAUGGCUAACCCCAUCAUUUACUGUUUGAGGACUAAGGAGAUUAGAAGGACCUUUAAGAGCCUUAUCCAAAGGUGGAUCCUGAUGAAAAAUCCAAGAAUUCCAGCAGUGAAUGUAAUUACAAGCUCAGAACACCUUUAGGGGGUGACCGGAAACUGUGCUAUGGAGGGGCGCUGGUGGACUGGAGGACUUUAACGUCUUAUAGAACUACUAUGCUAUGGAAUCACCUUCUCGAACCCUUGCCUUUCUGAAUGUUGCCACCAACCAUGUCAAGUUAAUCCUCAAUGAAGACAUGAAUAUCCUUAUUCUGUUCAUGGCACACAUGGCUAACCCCACCAUUUUCUGCAUGAGGACUAAGUAGCUUAGAAGGACCUUUUGGAAACCCAUAAACAGGUGCAUACCGAUGAAGGAUCCAAGGGCCAGAUUCACAUAGAAUUGCCCAGGCGCAGCGUAUCAGAGAUACGCUACACCGCCGUAUC